UUGACCAAUGCGAAGACAACUUGGCCUCAGCACUUGGAACUUCGUGGGAUUACAACUUCCCAUUCCUUCCCAGGAGCAAUUUUUUAUUCCCAACCUAAAGCUUUAAAUACCCAUCACUUCCCUUGGCUAGUACCCACCAACCGGACCUACACCAACAAUUUCGUAGUGAAUAUGGCUGCCACUCUCAUCCAACUUACCACCAUCCUUUUUACCCUCACCCUCCCUCUAACAUUCCUUGCCUCCCCCUCUCCAAUGGCCUCUUUCAUUGCUGAGGAUGCAGAAGACUAUGAAGAGUACAUAAUCGAUACCCCAUUCCACAGCACUGGAUCCUUGAGGGGUCGGCUUUUGGCGAGUGUUGUAAAGAAAGGUACACAUUGCGAGGUUAGUAGCAACAUAUGCAAUGGGGUUUCUGCGAACAAUGGUGCGAGCCGUCUCUUUUGCUGUAAGAGUCAUUGCCGGAAUGUCCUGCGAGAUAGAAACAACUGUGGGAUGUGCGGGCACAAGUGUCGUUUUGGUCAGCUUUGUUGUGGUGGUAAAUGUGUCAAUGUUGGUUUCAAUAAUCUUCAUUGUGGCAAGUGCAACAAAGCAUGUGACUCGGGGGUUAAAUGUGAGAACGGUUCAUGCGGAUAUGCAUCUUGAAUCAACCAAAAGAAUUACUAUGUAGGGGCUAGGAGUCCAUGCAUAGAGAUUUAAUUUCAUUGUCUUAUUUUUUAAAUUAUUUUUUUCUUUUGUAAUUUUAACGGGUAUGAUGUUUGUCACACCCUAAUUACCUCA